AUGUUACGAGAAGCAUUUAUGGCUGGUAUUUGGUCUGCAUUCGGGAGUACUUUAGGAAAACUGUCGGGUACUCCUACAGUAGUCGGAGACAGCUACUUUCUUUGGAGUUUUUUCUUGGCCCUAAUGCUUCUAGUAAAUACGUGGAGCUGCAGGUGCUAUUUGCAUUCACUAGAUGCAGCUUCUAACUCUGUGUCCCCAACAGUUAUUUCAUCUGCAUCUAGUUAUAUAUUAUCGGGCAUACUAGGUGUGGUAAUAUUUAAAGAAACUUCAUCAUUCCAAUGGUGGAUAGGUACUGCACUUAUAAUCCAGGGACUAGCAUUAAUUGCAAGACAACACAAA